GCGGCAGUCGGAGGACUGGGAUCCGCGCGUGAGUGUCGCAGAGUAGCUGGUUCCGCAGCGUCUCGCUCUGCUCGGAGGCGAAGGAGACUCUGCGUCGCGGCCGCUCCUCCUCUGCCGGACCGGAUCCACCGUCCGCCCGCCCGAACCGUCGCGAGCUUUUUCAAGUCGUGAACGUCGCCGAACGACAAGGUGGACGGAACCGGCGCUCUGCGGUUUUUGGGUGCCGCCAGACAGCGCGACUGCGAAACGUCGUCUCGGCUCCAUUUAAAGAUGUCCGCCUGGUUCGAGACGGGCUUUUAAGGUUUGGAUCUGGCUGGCUCGAACCAUAGGACGUGCUCAGCAACGACGGGGAUGGAAAGCUGCAACUGUGGAUGGUAGAAACCUAAAGCUCACGUAGCUGCAGGAUGAAAACAUGGCUGCACCCCUUCUUGCACCGCCAGGACCUGAUAGCUUCAAGAAGUUCACUGCUGAAUCUUUGGCGGCCCUCGAGCAACGCAUCAACGAGGAGAAGAACAAGAAGCCUCCCAAACAGGACAGCAGUUACCGCGACGACGAUGACGAGAACAAGCCCAAGCCCAACAGUGACCUGGAGGCUGGCAAGAGUCUUCCCUACAUCUACGGCGACAUCCCUAAAGGAAUGGUGGCGGUGCCACUGGAGGAUCUGGACCCUUUCUACCUGAACUCCCAGAAAACGUUUAUAGUGCUAAAUAGAGGGAAAACAAUCUUCCGUUUCAGUGCCACACCUGCCUUGUACUUCAUAAGUCCUUUUAAUCCGGUUCGGCGAGUAGCUAUUAAGAUUUUGAUACAUUCUCUUUUCAGCAUGAUCAUUAUGUGUACCAUUUUGACCAACUGCAUAUUCAUGACCUUUAGUGACCCCCCUGAGUGGUCCAAACAAGUAGAAUACACCUUCACUGGAAUUUAUACGUUUGAGUCCCUUGUCAAAAUCACGGCGCGAGGAUUCUGCAUAGAUGGCUUUACUUUCCUGCGAGAUCCCUGGAACUGGCUGGACUUCAUGGUCAUCUCCAUGGCAUAUAUAACAGAGUUUGUGGACCUGGGCAAUGUAUCUGCGCUGAGAACGUUCAGAGUUCUCCGAGCAUUGAAAACUAUCUCUGUCAUUCCAGGCCUGAAGACCAUUGUGGGAGCUCUGAUCCAGUCAGUGAAGAAACUGUCCGACGUGAUGAUCCUCACCGUCUUCUGCCUGAGCGUCUUCGCCCUCAUCGGCCUCCAGCUCUUCAUGGGAAACCUGCGACACAAGUGUGUGUUCUGGCCCAUCAACUUCAAUGAGAGUUACCCGCCCAACAGCAGCAGGGUCUUCGACUGGGACGAGUACAUCACCAACGAAACCAACUUCUACUUCCUGCCCGGCCAGCUGGACGCGCUGCUCUGCGGGAACAGCUCAGACUCCGGACGUUGCCCUGAAGGAUACACAUGCAUGAAAGCCGGCAGGAACCCCAACUAUGGCUACACCAGCUUCGACAGCUUCGGCUGGGCCUUCCUGGCUCUCUUCAGGCUCAUGACACAGGACUUCUGGGAAAACCUCUACAUGCUGACCCUGCGCGCGGCAGGAAAGACCUACAUGAUCUUCUUUGUGUUGGUGAUCUUUGUCGGCUCUUUCUACCUCGUAAACUUGAUCCUGGCUGUGGUGGCUAUGGCAUACGAGGAGCAGAACCAGGCCACCAUGGAGGAAGCCCAGCAGAAGGAGGAGGAGUUCAAGGCCAUGCUAGAGCAGCUGAAGAAGCAGCAGGAGGAAGCCCAGACGGCUGCCAUGGCGACCUCUGCGGGCACGGUGUCUGAGGACGCUGUAGAAGACGACGGAGGAGGUCGGCUGUCCUGCAGCUCCUCAGAGAUGUCCAAGCUCAGCUCCAAGAGCGCCAAAGAAAGAAGGAACCGCAAAAAGAAGUGGCGACAGAAAGAGCAGGAGAAGGAGAAGGGGGACAGCGAGAAGUUUGUCAAGUCGGAGUCCGACGAUGGGAGCAAGAGAAGCCGAUUCCGUUUCCCGGACAACCGGCUGGGCCGAAAGUCCUCCAUCAUGAACCAGUCGCUGCUCAGCAUCCCCGGCUCGCCCUUCCUCUCCCGCCACAACAGCAAGAGCAGCAUCUUCAGCUUCAAGGGUCGAGGCAAAGACGUGGGCUCCGAGAACGAGUUUGCCGACGACGAGCACAGCACGGUGGAGGAGUGCGAGGAGCGGCGCGGCUCGCUCUUCAGCCCGUACCGGCGCAGCAGCUACAGCGGCUACCACGGCAAGAGGAACAGUACGGUGGAUUGCAACGGCGUGGUGUCGCUGAUCGGCCCCGGGCCCGGCGGACGCCUUCUGCCUGAGGUGAAAAUAGAUAAGGCAGCUACUGACGACAGUCCGACUACUGAGGUUGAGGUGAAGAAGAAGCUGUCGGGCUCCCUGAUGGUGUCAGUGGACCAGCUCAAUACCUCUUUUGGGCGGAAAGAGCGGGCCAACAGUGUCAUGAGCGCCAUUACCAACACUCUCGUGGAGGAACUGGAGGAGUCCCAGCGCAAGUGUCCACCGUGCUGGUAUAAGUUUUCUAACACUUUCCUGAUUUGGGAGUGCUCCCCCAUGUGGCUGAGGAUUAAGGAGAUAGUCAACCUGAUUGUGAUGGACCCGUUUGUGGACCUGGCCAUCACCAUCUGUAUCGUGCUCAACACUCUGUUCAUGGCCAUGGAGCACUACCCCAUGACCCCCGACUUUGAGCACAUGCUGUCUGUGGGUAACCUGGUCUUCACGGGGAUCUUUGCUGGAGAGAUGCUCUUCAAACUGGUGGCCAUGGAUCCCUACUACUACUUCCAGGAGGCCUGGAACUGUUUCGACGGCUUCAUUGUGACUCUGAGUUUAGUGGAACUGGCUCUGGCUGACGUGGAGGGUCUGUCGGUGCUGCGCUCCUUCCGACUGCUGCGAGUUUUCAAGCUAGCAAAGUCCUGGCCGACUCUCAACAUGUUGAUCAAGAUCAUCGGUAAUUCUGUGGGAGCGCUGGGAAACCUGACCCUGGUCCUGGCCAUCAUCGUCUUCAUCUUUGCUGUGGUGGGCAUGCAACUGUUUGGGAAAAGCUACAAAGACUGUGUAUGCAAGAUCAACGCCGACUGCGAGCUGCCGCGCUGGCACAUGAACGACUUCUUCCACUCCUUCCUCAUCGUCUUCCGGGUCCUCUGUGGAGAGUGGAUCGAGACCAUGUGGGACUGCAUGGAGGUGGCGGGUCAGGCCAUGUGCCUCAUCGUCUUCAUGAUGGUCAUGGUCAUCGGGAACCUGGUGGUGUUGAACCUGUUCCUUGCCUUGCUGCUGAGCUCAUUCAGUGCAGACAACCUGGCGGCGACGGAUGACGACGGCGAGCCGAACAACCUCCAGAUCUCCGUCAUGCGUAUCAACAAAGGGAUCGCCUGGAUCAAAAGCAAGGUUCGGAUCCUGGUCGCCAGUCUCCUGAGGAAGCCUCCAAUGGAGGACGAGCAGAAGCCUCUGGACGACAUGUACGACAAGAAGCUGAACUGCAUCGCCAACCACACGGGGGUCGACAUUAACCGCGACCUGGACUAUGCCAAGAAUGGCAACGGAACCACCAGUGGGAUCGGCAGCAGUGUUGGGAAAUACAUGAUCGACGAGGAUCACAUGUCAUUCAUCCACAAUCCCAACUUGACCGUCUGCGUGCCCAUCGCCGUGGGAGAGUCUGACUUCGAGAACCUGAACACCGAGGACUUCAGCAGCGAGUCUGACAACGAGAACAGCAAGGAGCUGGACGACACCAGCUCUUCAGAGGGCAGCACGAUCGACAUCAAGCCAGAUGUGGAGGAGGUGGUGGUGGUGGAGACAGUGGAGGAGUACAUGGAACCAGACCCCUGCUGGACUGAUGCGUGUGUGGCCAAGUACAAGUGCUGUGACGUGGACAUCACCAUGGGCUGGGGCAAGAGCUGGUGGUUCCUGAGGAAAACUUGCUAUCUGAUUGUUGAGCACAACUGGUUUGAGACCCUCAUCAUUUUCAUGAUCCUCCUGAGCAGCGGAGCACUGGCUUUUGAGGACGUCUACAUCGAGCAGAGGAAGACGAUCCGUGUGAUUCUAGAAUAUGCCGACAGAGUUUUCACCUACAUCUUCAUCCUGGAGAUGUUGCUGAAGUGGGUGGCCUACGGAUUUGUCAAGUACUUCACCAACGCCUGGUGUUGGCUGGACUUCUUCAUUGUGGAUGUGUCUAUAGUCAGCCUUGUAGCUAAUGCGCUGGGCUACUCCGAUCUAGGGCCCAUUAAAUCACUAAGGACACUAAGAGCCUUGAGACCCCUCAGAGCCUUGUCACGUUUUGAAGGGAUGAGGGUGGUAGUCAACGCCUUGGUGGGCGCCAUCCCCUCCAUUAUGAAUGUGUUGCUGGUUUGCCUCAUCUUUUGGCUGAUUUUUAGUAUCAUGGGCGUCAACUUGUUCGCCGGCAAGUACUACUUCUGUUUCAAUGAGACAUCAGAGGAAUACUUUCCGGUGGAUGUGGUCAACAACAAGACCCAGUGUGAAGCACUCAUUCACGAGAACAACACCGAGGUCCGCUGGAAGAACGUCAAGAUCAACUUUGACAAUGUCGGUGCUGGUUACCUGGCUCUCCUGCAAGUGGCAACGUUCAAAGGUUGGAUGGACAUCAUGUACGCAGCUGUGGACUCCAGAGAGGUGGAGGAUCAGCCGGACUACGAAGUCAACAUCUACAUGUACAUCUACUUUGUUGUUUUCAUCAUCUUUGGCUCAUUCUUCACGCUCAACCUCUUCAUCGGUGUGAUCAUCGACAACUUCAACCAGCAGAAGAAAAAGUUUGGAGGUCAGGAUAUCUUCAUGACAGAAGAACAGAAGAAGUACUACAACGCCAUGAAAAAGCUGGGCUCCAAAAAACCCCAGAAGCCCAUCCCACGUCCACAGAACAAAAUCCAAGGAAUGGUCUUCGACUUUGUCACCCAGCAAGUCUUCGACAUCUCCAUCAUGAUCUUGAUCUGCCUCAACAUGGUGACCAUGAUGGUGGAGACAGAUGAUCAGUCCGACGAAACAGAGUUGGUCCUCUAUUGGGUCAACUUCAUCUUCAUUGUGGUCUUCACCACGGAAUUCCUGCUGAAGCUCUUUGCUCUCCGCCACUACUACUUCACCAACGGCUGGAAUAUCUUCGACGUGGUCGUGGUCAUCUUGUCCAUCGUUGGGAUGUUCCUGGCCGACCUCAUUGAGAAAUACUUUGUAUCCCCAACCUUGUUCAGGGUGAUCCGCCUGGCUCGGAUCGGUCGAAUCCUGCGUCUCAUCAAAGGAGCCAAAGGUAUCCGAACUCUGCUCUUCGCUCUGAUGAUGUCACUGCCUGCGCUGUUCAACAUCGGGCUCCUGCUGUUCUUGGUCAUGUUUAUCUUCUCCAUUUUUGGAAUGUCAAACUUUGGUUACGUGAAACACGGGGCAGGGAUCGAUGACCUGUACAAUUUUGAGACCUUCGGCAACAGCAUGAUCAUCUUGUUCAUGAUCACCACGUCGGCCGGCUGGGACGGUUUGCUCCUGCCCAUCCUCAACUACCCCCCCGACUGUGACCCUAACCUGGAGAACCCAGGCACGUCUGUGAAGGGCGACUGCGGAAACCCCUCGGUGGGGAUCUUCUUCUUUGUCAUGUACAUCAUCAUAUCCUUCCUGAUUGUGGUGAACAUGUACAUCGCCAUCAUCCUGGAGAACUUCAGCGUGGCCACGGAGGAGAGCGCUGACCCUCUGAGCGAGGACGACUUUGAGACCUUUUACGAAAUCUGGGAGAAGUUUGAUCCCACUGCCUCUCAGUUCAUCACCUUCGCCAAGCUUUCGGACUUUGCAGACGCUCUGGAACACCCUCUCCGCGUGCCCAAGCCCAACACCAUCGAACUCAUCGCCAUGGACAUGCCCAUGGUGAGCGGCGACCGCAUCCACUGCCUGGACAUCCUGUUUGCCUUCACCAAGCGAGUGCUGGGAGACAGCGGCGAGCUGGACAUGCUCAGGCAACAGAUGGAGGAGCGCUUCGUGGCGGCCAACCCCUCCAAGGUGUCGUACGAGCCCAUCACCACGACGCUGCGCCGCAAACAGGAAGAUGUCUCCGCCAGGAUCAUCCAGAACGCCUAUCGCGCUCACCUCAUCAGGCGCGGGAUUAUCUUCAAGCGCCGCACCUUUACCAACAAUAAGCUGGAGAACGGCGGGACCAACCCUGAGAAGAAGGAGAGCACACCAUCCACAGCCUCGCUGCCCUCCUAUGACAGUGUGACCAAGCCAGAUAAGGAGAAGCAGGACGACAACAAAGAGGAGUGGGCCCGCAAAGACAAGGACAAAAACCAAAAAGACGAGUGGGAAUCCAAGUGUUAGGCUCACCUGACUGGAAGCACCGACUCCACCACUCCAAGAAAUGUAGAAACCCGAUCUAUAGCGACUAAAAAAAAAAGAAGAACAAACAUGUUUACAGACUGGAAUAGUGACUGAGGCAACGUGGUUUCUUUUGUCAUCACAGACAGCUGUACCAAACACAAUCAGUUUAUUGUGGAACUUUGCUGCAAAGUGAGCGCCAGGCCGGGCCGACACGGUUGGCCGCACAUGUCACUUGGGGACCAACUGCCAAAUGCACACAACCCUCCAGUGUUUUGGAGAACAGCGAAAUUCCUGCCACCACUGAUCCACCACAGCUCCAGGCCCGGGGACGACCCUGCACAGGUGGGGUCGCACCAGAACUGUCUCCGCCUGAUGCUGCGUGCCCUUGUUUUUUCAAAAGAAAACGGCCAGUUCAGCGACGAAGGAAUCAGUAGCGAGGCGCGGAGGAACCCAGAGCUGUAGACCAGAUGUUUGGUUUGUUAGCGCUUCGUAGGCUCGCCUCCUCACAUGAGUCGAGCAGCAAAAAAAAGAGAGAAACAUUCAGCCCCUGUCACUCAUCCUCUCAUCCUUGUUGUUCCCACGCUGGAAAAGACUUUUCUGUUGGUUGUUUUUUACACCAGGGUCAUUGUCAUUGUUCAGACCCAGGCUGGAGGAGGCAGAUAAAUAAUAAUUGUGCUCGUUCAAUGCAUAGAAAUGACUUGCAUGAAGGCAUGUUUUGAUCCGGAGUCAUGCAUGAGAAAUCAUAGUCCACGAGACACAUGCCACACUGCGGCGGAGCGACGGCUGAGGUCCAGAGGCACCAUCCCGCCUGGUUCGCUUUGGAUCGAGGACGCGACAUGUCCUACACCACACAUGCGUUUCCUGUGCUCGGUUGACGUCGAGGAGAAAACGGGACCAAAUUGGAGUUUUGUAGGAUUUCUGUCACUCGCCCAUGUAGUCAGGUGACCAUUCAUCAAAGUUUUAGAAGAUAGAAGCCUCACGUCAUGCUCUCCACCGGGACACCGGGAGGGACGUCCGAAACCAGCCAUGUGGCCAACUGCCUUGUCGGGCUCACAUGUGUCUGAGCGGCGGCUCGCCGCCAAGGGCUCGUGCUUCUGUUCGACUGUUGAUUCUGGUGGUUUUGGUCCAUGAUAUCAGGGAGGUGGACGUGGACCCAGGCAGAGGUGGGACCUCCCGCCGAGGAGAGCCCCCGGGUGGGGCCUGUCCUCGUGCGUCUGUGGGACCUCGGAACACUGUGUGCUGUCGGACCCGGGCUUGCGCUGUCUCUUCACAUGCCUGCAGGUUUUCACUUUGAAACAUCACGCGGCGUCAACAGUCGUCAUGUUAGAUCAUCAGCAGUGGUCACGCUCGUACUUGAGCUUUGUGGGUGAUUGUCGUGUCAAAGCCGAGGGUCGCUCCUCCGGUCUUCCUGCCAUUUUCUACACAGGAGUGAUGGUCCUAUUACUCGCACCACUGAAUGCCAUUCGGUGUGUCGAACACUGCCUGUACCAGAAACCCGUCUGUCCGUUUACACGAUGACGUCUGUGUUGGGCUGCUGCACUAAAACCAAAUACAUUCCCAGUGAAGCGCGCGCGCGGAGGAGGAGGAGGAGAGCGUCGAUGUACCACGUUCAUCUUGGAUGUAACCUUUUUAGACUCACAGAAAACAGUAAAAAGACAAAAAAAGAAACACUGUACACUGUACAGCGCAGGCUCCGAUGGCACAAUCGCUGAACCACCUUUUUGAGAGAAACUAUAAAUAUUGUAUCAUAACAUUUUAUUUGAUCGGCAUGCUUGUGGUGUUUUGUUUUUUGUAAAUAUGGAAUUUUAAAAAUGUUACGACUACUAAUCAAAAGAAGAAGAACAGAACCAAUAACCUAGAUCGGCUUCCAGCUUCGUCACAUUUGUUACCUUUUGGAUUUUCUGAGACACUUUUCACUUGAUUGAUGGAAACCUGAAUGAAAUAUAGAUGCUCUAUAAUGCGACAGAUAUAUAUAUAUAUAUAAAUAUAUAUAUAUAUAUAUAAAUGUAUACAUAUAUGUCUAUAUGUAUAUACGUGGAACAAAGACACAUUUGAGUUCUGUGCAACACGUGGCUGGAUGUUUCUGGAGCUGCUGGAUUGUAGCCUGAUCUGGAGGAGGAAAAUGUUCCCAGCACACGCAUCACGCUGACUCACGGUCUCACCUCACUGCGCACGGCGCCGCGGCCCUCCAUCCUUGAUCUCACCACCUGCUCUGCAUCCUCACCCUCACCUUUGGUUUCUGAGUGUCCACUCGAUGGCAUGUGCCUUUUCUGCUUUUUCAGCCAAUUUGGAGCCGCUGCACUAAAACGGGACACAACAGACAGGAGUUUUGUGGGGUUGGGUGAUGACGUCUUCUCCGUGUUGACAACCGUCUCGUUCUUCUGUGUUCCACUCAGCUUGAGAAGAAGCAGCUCGCCUUCCGUCUUUCUGUGUCCAUCCGAAGUUUAUUUUUGUAUCCAUGUUGCGUUCUGAGGUUCUUUUCUGGCAUGGUUUGACGUCAUUUUCUUUCUGCUAACAGAGAAAAAAAAACCACGCUUUUCUCAUUCAGACACGACGCGAAAAGAGCAAAUAGGAAACGACGUGUGUUGCACAAAAGCACUGGGACUCUUGGUACGAAUAUACGAACGAUUGUCUUCAUUUGAGCACGAACCUUUUUAUGACCAAUAAAGCAGCCUUCCAGUUA